AUGGGAAUUGCAGACAGACUAAGGAGGUGCUUACCCAUGCUAGAUUGCAUCACCAACAUGCUCCACCUUCAACAACUCCACGCCCAUAUCAUCAAAACAGCCAUGGACACAAACCCAUUAGCUCUCCACAAGCUCCUGGCCUUCUUAUCCAUUGCUGAUAAUGGUGACUUAAACUACGCUUGUCUAAUGCUAACCCACGUCGAGAAUCCARCCCAUUUCAUGUGGAAUACCAUAAUUCGAGGAUUUUCACAGAGUCAAGAACCCGAAAAGGCUCUCCUCUGGUACUCUAUAAUGACAAAUAAAGGAGGUGUUGGUGUUCUGCCAGAUAAAUUCACAUUCCCUUUUCUACUCAAAGCUUGUUCAAGAUUGUUGGAUCUAAGAACAGGCCAACAAGUGCAUUGCCAGAUUGUGAAGCUCGGGCUUUUGCUUGAUUUACACGUCGAGUCAAGUCUUUUGUACUUCUAUACAAGUUGUGGAGAAUUGGACCUUGCUAAAACCAUCUUCUAUGGACUUGGGUACAGAAGUUUUGUGACAUGGAAUUCUAUGAUCUCUGGUUGUGUAAGGAGUGAGAGAUGGAGGGAAGCUUUGAGAAUUUUUUGUCAAAUGAGGUUGGAUAAUCAGAGCCCUGAUCAGUUCAGCUUAGUUAGCGUUGCUUCAGCUUGUGCUAAUAUAGGGGCAGUGUUCUUGGGUAAAUGGGUUCAUGGUCUUGCUUGUAGAAGUGGGUUCUGUGAGGUGGUUCCCUUGGGCAAUGCACUAGUCGACAUGUAUGGGAAAUGUGGCAGCUUCGUCGAUGCAUGCAAGUUGUUUGAUGAGAUGGCUGUGAGAACCAUUGUUUCAUGGAGCACCAUGAUCGAUGUAUGUGCCAUGCACGGGCGCGGUACACAUGCACUCUACUUGUUAAAUGAGAUGAAAAGAGUUGGCAUCAGGCCAGAUGACAUGACCUUCACCAGCAUCUUAUGUGCGUGUAGUCAUUCAGGACUGUUGCAAGAGGGGAAGAUGUGGUUUGAUAGAAUGAUCAGGGAUUAUGGAGUUGAGCCUAAGGUCCAACACUAUGGAUGUAUGGUUGAGCUUCUGGGGAAGGCGGGGCAAAUAGAGGAGGCUUAUAGUCUUAUUAGUGAAAUGCCCAUUGAGCCGGAUGCUGCUGUUUGGCGAUCAUUGGUGGGUGCUUGUCUGUUCCAUGGGGACCUCAAGUUGGCAGAGAUAGCAGCUGGUCGAUUAAGGUUGCUGGAUCCUGAUGAUGCAGGGGAUCUGGUAAUGUUGUCGAAUGUGUUUGCAACUUCAGAAAGAUGGGGUGAUGUGGAGAGGCUCAGGAGAGGAGCUAGAAAGAGCUUUGGUUAUAGUUUUAUUGAAGUAAAUAAUGUGGUUCAUGAGUUUGUAACCAGAGACACAUCACACCCUCAAGCUUGUUCAAUUUAUUUGUUGAUGGAUCAAAUGGUAGGGCAACUUAGAUGGCUUUGA